AUGGCCAGUGCCCUCCUGACAACACCACAUCCAAUUGACAUCAACGCCUCGCCAUACUACACCGCCAUCAUGAAAGAAGCUCAAGUCUCCAAAGACACUGUCGUGCAUAUCGUCGAUGUCCCCGUUCCGAUCCCGGCUGCUGGCCAGGUCCUCAUCAAGGUCGUCGUGUCCGGCUCCAACCCCAAGGACUGGAAGCUUCCCGCGUGGCGUGACCGGACCCAUAAUUCGGGCGACGAUAUUGCCGGUAUUGUUGCGAGUGUGGGUGCUGGUGUGAACGAGUUCAAGGCCGGCGACCGCGUGGCCGCCUUCCACGAGAUUGGUGAGGCCGCCGCCAGUUUUGCCGAGUAUGCCCUGGCCUGGGCCCACACGACGUUCCACAUUCCUGAGACCACGUCCUUCGAAGAGGCAUCCACCAUCCCACUCGUGGCCCUGACGGCCGCCAUUGCGCUCUUCCACGACCUGGGCUUACCGGACCCGUGGACCACGGCCGCUGCCACCGACAAGCCCGACCCGUGGAAGAGCCUGGACGACUCCGGUAAAGGCGGUGCUGUGGCGGAAACGCCGCUCGUCGUCUAUGGCGCGUCCUCGGGCGUCGGUGCUGCCGCCAUUCAGCUGGCCCGCCUCGCCAACAUCCACCCCGUCAUUGCCGUCGCUGGCCAGUCGACCGCCUUUGUCGAGACCCUGCUUGACAAGAGCAAAGGCGACGUGGUCGUCGACUACCGCGGAGGCGACGAUGCCGCCAUUGCCGCUCUCAAAAAGGCCGUGGGCGGCCGGACUGUUCGCCAUGCCGUCAACGCCAUGAGCGGGGGCAGCAGCAACUACAUUGUGAGCUCGGUACUGCAGCCCGACGGCCGUGUCUCUCUGGUGCUGCCGUGGAAGAACGACGAGCGGAUCAAGGGGACGGUGCAGUCGGUCCUCACGAGCGUCGGCCGUGUCCACCGCGACCUCAAGGAUCUAGGCUUCGUCUACUCGCGCUACUUGGGCCGCGCCCUGGCCGAGGGCAACUUCAAGGGCCAUCCUUAUGAGGUUGUUCCUGGUGGCCUGGCCGGCGUGCAGACUGGCCUACAGAAACUGCGCGAUGGCAAGGCGCACGGCAUCAAGUACGUCUUUCGCAUUGCUGACACCGAGGGCGCUGGUAAGGACAAGUUGUAG